GGACAGGAAUAGGCAGAAAUGAGUGGAGUGCGCUUUCAAGCACCAUACCCAUUGCCUUCUAAGCAUCCUCUCCUCUCCCUUCCAUCUUGUAUCCAUUCCAUCUUUUGUAAUCAUUCCAGAUCAAUAAAGAACUUUUUCAUAUCGUCUUAAUCCCCUCUCAUUUGGUUCUCCGGGAAGUUCCUCCGGUAGGGAACGGCCACCCUUUUAUCUUAAAGAUGGGGCAAACAGGCCAGCAGCAGUCAUCAGAUCUUCUCACCAGAGAAGCCAGACGCCGACAACAGAGGCUGGACUUAUUGGGCUUGACCCAACUGACAAAUCGGACAAUGGCUCAAGCAGUUCCUGCUCAAAGCCGAUCAACAGCCCAAAUGCAAAUAUUGCAAUUUGGAAGAGAGAAGGCAAAAUUUGGGAAUCUAAGCCUAGACAUAUAUCAGACUUCAAACCAGUCUUAUAGACCUAAGAAGGCUCAUCUAGAUCGAAAUAAUUUCUCAAAGGAGCAAUUAUGCCUGUUAGACCAUUUCUGGGUCGGACUACACGCUAACCCAAUAAAUGUAAAAAAACUUUCCCAUGUGGUGAAUUGUUUAGCAGAAUACUUUGCUACUACACCACAAGGAGGAUACCCAUUUUUUGUGGUAUUAAACGGACAGAUGCCUGGUGUCUUCAACAGCUGGACGGACGUCUUAGACCAAAUCCAAGACUUCUCAGAGGCCCAAUGGGAGGGAUAUCACACUCUCCAUGAAGCUUUUGCAGUGGCAAGAUCUAGGAUUGGGAUAAACUAUUAUGUUUGCCCAGCCCUACGCCAUUAUCAAGAUUCAUCUCAGGAGGCAUCCACUUCCCAAGGACCUUCCAGGGAACAGACAAUGGCAGGACUCUUUUGUUCCUCCUGCCAAGGUAAUGAGCAGACUAUCAAAAGGCUCACUUACACUUUGGACAAACAUACCAGUGAGGAAAUGAAGAUGAUAGAAGAGAAUGACCGCCUACAGAGAGAGUUGAGUGCGGCAAAGAGAGAGAUAGAAAGACUCAGAGCGAUUGAGAGAGCUUGCAUAUCCACCACUCCCAUACCCCCACAAAUACAGCCCUCUCAAACACAAACCCAAACCCAAAGCCAGACACAGAUGGCGCAGCCAUCUCAGGUCAGUGCGGAGACGCAAUUGAAUGCCGCAAUGCCGCACCUACUCCCUUGCAAAAGGCCAAGGGCAGGGAUCUCAAGACCUUUGAUGGCUGAGAGUUUGCCAGAAAGUACUCUAUCCGUAGUACAGACUACGGCACAGACCACACAGCCUGGUAUAGUGAUCUGUGAAUCAUCAACUGCCCAGGCUAUCCAGACACCUCAGAGGACUAAACAAGUCCUACCAGAAGACAUCAUGGCCACGAUUAAUGCCAUGAGAACUGAAGAUCAGGCCCGAAAAGAAGCAAAGAGGGCCAAGAAGAAACAAGAAAUGGCUGAAAUGAUAGCCAUGAUGCUCAGGAAGAGUGGCCUCCAGCCCCCGCCAAUGCAGACAGACUCACCACGGUCCAAUUCAAGCACCAAAGAUGUCGACCUUGACCAAGACACAGACAAUUAUCUCGCCGCUUUAACACAGAUGAGUAAUGAAGCCCGUGAAGAAGCAGCCAGCAGCCCACAAGGCCAUCUGGACACCAACCCAGGUAGUCCUAUGUCCUAGGACUCCACCAUGUCCCAUAAUCUAGAGUCGAAGGCUUUCUCCCCUCAUCUCCUCCUCCAUCCUACUUCUAUUAAUCGUGCCUAUGUUCUGAAGAAUUAAUUGAUAAAGACUUCUUCGUUUUUCUGGUAAACAAGCAAGGGCCAGAAGGGGAAAACCCCUCACCCAGUUCUAAGGUAUGAAUCUCUAAUAGAUCUCCGGUUAAGCAUGCUCCGCCAUUGCGGUGUUCAUCACC